GCUGCAUCAUCCAGGUUGGACCACAGUGAAGACUCCGGUCAGUAGCAGCAGCAGGUCGAAUUUGGGCCUGGCGACAGCGAGGUUGGCCGAGUAAGAAUGGACGCCAAAGAAUGGCGACUGUAUUCCAGUGGCACGAUGAAGGAAUUUGAGGAGGGCUUCUUUCGAGUGGAUCAUGAUUAUAUAUUGAAGUCAGCUCAAUUCGCAAAAGCUGGAGGGUGUACUCACUUUAACUUGGAGUCUUCAAAAGGAGCAGAUAAGAACAGUUCCAUUCUAUAUACAAAAACUAAGGGUCAGGUGGAAGCUGAAAUUGAAGAGCUGGAUUUUGACAGAUACAGCAUUUUUCGUCCUGGAGUUCUGAUGUGUGACAGAGAAGAAUCGAGACCCAUGGAAUGGAUGGCAAGGAAACUUCUUAUUCCUGUGGCUUACGUGUUUCCAACUGCAAUAACAACCCCUGUGUCGGUGUUGGUAAUGGCCAUGAUGAACAACGUCGUACUUCCAGCUGACAAGAAAAUGGAAUUGUUUCAGAAUAAACACAUCCAUGAGCUUAGUAAACUUGGAGAAACUAAGGCCAAGUAGCAUUAUCCAAAGUUGACUUUCCAAGUACAUACUGUUUUCCUUGGCCUUCAUUUACCCUUGAAUUGGUUUAAUCCUUCUUCUUACUGGUGUUCUAUUAUCACAUUAACAGUUAUUUUGAGGACUGCUUUAAAAGGACAUGUUUUGUUGAAGUUUUGAAUUGAUAUUCUUGCAAAUUGUCCUGAAGUAUGCAAGCUUCAACAAAUUGUGUCUUUCUUCGGCAACAACAGCUGUCUCUUCAUGGUGCUGCACAGGACAGGGUCUGUUUGGUUUCUGUUUUUUGGGAGGCGUCUGGUUUGGGAUUGGUUAAGUUGAAAUUUGAUGAAGAUGGACCACAAAUAAAAAAUCUCCCGCAGCAUGUUAUGAUCCCAGACUAGAUCACCAGCUUUAUAUUACAAUCUAGGGACCAGUGACUUUAUUUUAAAGUAGACAAUGUGUUGGAUCCCAUGUACUAUACUUAGGCAGUAAAGCCAUGAGAUUCCAAGGUUUUGAACAAACAAAAAGAAAUUUUACGACAGCAAAAUAAGUACAAAUAACAUUCUAACAUCUGUAAUUAACAGGAGAUGAAUGGUGAAGUCAGACAAACUGAUAUCUAACCCCCUACAGAUCAUAUCAGAUAGCAAAGUGGUCAAGACAAGUUCCACACAUUUUUCACCAAACACCCCACCCCAGACAUUAGUUACACUGUGGGUCAUCAAAUCUCUUUAAAACUUCACAAAGGAUUCCAAUUCUUCACUUUUUGAAGAUUUGACUUGAAACUCACUGGAAAACCGUACUGUCAUGGAAUGUCUGAAAAGUCUGUUCAUUUCCUGGUAGUUGAGCUUCUUUUCUUGGCACUGUGGCUCCCUGGAUUCCUGAAACUGUGCUCUGCUGCCUACUCAUUGGCACAAUUUCAGCUUGUCCACAGAGGGCUAGCGCCACCAAGCUGGUAAUGCCACCAAGCUGCACCAAGCAAAGGCUGCUUGUGGGUUUCCUUUGCCUCCACUCCUAGCUGUAUUGAACUAUUAAUGGCUGGACAGUUCUCCUAAGCUUCCACCACUCCUGUGGCAUUUUCUGAGCCCUAAUCCAAAGCACUUUGCUGCACCUUAAUGGCUUCCGGUGUGUCUCAGAUCCCAAACUGAAUGGUCCUAUCACAGCUCCUGGUGUUCCUUCUUGAGCCUAACCACACAGAAUCGGUGAACUUCCAUCGUCUUCUCAACAGCACUGUUAACAAAAGCACUUUUCCUGUGAAAUAGCUGACUCUUUCUAACUAGCUGACUCAAAUUGAUUCUGACCCUUGAACUGCACUGAGUGCCCUAUUGAAAACUUUGCAACAACCCCCACUCUCGUCCCUAGAUAGGAUUGAAUGUAGCAACCGCUACUUGUUGAAAAUAAUAACAAUUGGAAUACCCCAUUCCCAGAACAUUACAAUAUUCAUGCAUUGCUGGCUUACACAAUACAGUUGGAAACCACAAAAAAGAUUCCAUCACAACAGUCUGAUAGUCAGCUCAAUUUCUAUUACCUUAACCUCUAUAUUGUCUUAUUCACUUUCCACUCUGUUCAGAACCUUCAACCUGAGUGGACUUUGAUUUUUGUUCUGUACUGUAUUAAUUAGCAAACAAAAAUUGUAAUGGUUUUGUUUCAUUUUAUACAUAUAAUUUGUAGGGAUCUGUAAUCACUUUGGAGACAAUGUAGUGUUUUUAUCCAUUGUGGAGACAUUUUUCUAAAGUUUGCACUGAUCGUAUCAUUAUUUCACUAAAUUAUUGUUUUUGCCACGGGCCUUAAUCUGUAGCUGUCUCAUCCCUGAAAGUGACGAAAAUGCACUGUAGUGAGUCACGCAUAUCUCAGGUUUUAGAACUUUUUUUGACUUUGUAAUACCUUGUAAGUACCAUACCAAGCACACUACAAAAACCCAGACUGCUUCCAGGGCAGUACUGGUCGAUAAAUUUAAACACACUUCUAAUUUUAAAAUGUGUGGUAUUUCUUUCAUUGAGCCAAAGUGCGAAAUUGGAUCAAACUUGGCCUGCAAGUGCAUGUGGAGUUUUGACUGUGUUUCAUGAGGUGAUGUGAUUGGGGGUUAAAAAGAGAGAAGUGGUAGUAACCAAAUCUCUCACUCUCUCCAGAAACCUAUGACUAUCAUUCAACACCCGUUUUGCAAGAAAUCAUGCAAUAAAAUAUCUAGAAGCCAAUGCAGGAUUCUGUAA